ACAACCCCUCCACGGCACCCAUCCCUGUAGUGCUUGAUUUCUUGGUUCAUCUAUCCAGUAAAUGUUCCUCCAUUUCCUCUGUUAAGUGCUACUUAGCGGCCAUCUCAUCAUUUCGAAGAAAAUAUGGCUUGCUGUCCCUUUUUCAGAACCAUUUGAUUCAAUUGUUCCUCAAGGGCUACAAAAAUAUUCACCCUCCCGCAUCCCUUCCCCCUCCACAAUGGAGCUUAGAAUUAGUACUCUCUCAGUUGUCAAAACCACCCUUUGAGCCUAUGGCUUCUAAUGAUAUCUCCCACCUCUCCUGGAAAACUGCAUUCCUCAUGGCCGCAACCUCGGCCAGAAGGUCCAGUGAACUUACGGCCCUACGUUCAGACCCACCUUAUAUAAGGUUCCAUGAUGACAAGGUCGUCCUUCGCACCGAUGUCACGCUCCUCCCAAAAGUAGUUUCCCCUUUCCAUAUGUCACAAGACAUUAUUUUACCAGCCUUUUUCCCUAACCCAUCCUCUCAGUUAGAGGUGACCCUACAUUCCCUCGAUGUUAAGAGGGCUCUCUCCUUUUAUUUGCAUAGAACGGCCACCCAAAAGAAGUAUCCUAAGCUCUUUUUAAAAUACAGGAAAGACAUGAUAGGUCACCCUGUGUCGUCACAGGGUUUGGCCUCCUGGAUCGUCUCGAUGAUUCGCCUAGCUUACCAAUUGGCAGGCAAAGAACCACCAUCUCACCUGACGGCUCACUCAACCCGAUCGGUCUCCACCUCCCAGGCUUUUCUGCGAGGAGUUCCAUUGGACCAGAUCUGCAGAGCAGCAACGUGGUCUACUCCUUCCACGUUUGCCUCCCGUUACAAGCUCGAUGUACUGGCUAAAAAGGAUGCAGCCUUCGGCAGAGCCGUACUUUUUUCCUGCGUGGCAUGACCCACCUCCAGGUCAGUAGCUUGCUAUCUCACCCAUAGGUGCGCAUUUCACGGAGGACACAAAGAAAAAAUAAAGGUUGCUUACCUGUAACCGUAUUUCUUUCGAGUGUCCAUCCGUGAAAUUCGCACAACCCUUCCCGCCCUCCCCUCUGUCAUGCCUCUACCUAGCUGCUAAUUUUUUUGGCGCUGAGGAACUACCUCUGGGCUGCACGCUGGGGGGUGGGGAGAUGGGCGGAGCUUCCAUAUAUCUCUAAAUAAUCAUUUAAAAAAUCAUUAAAAUUUCUAGAAGUUCCACAUUGCUGCGCAAGUGCACAAGGAAACUCAUAGGUGCGAAUUUCACGGAUGGACACUCGAAGAAAUACGGUUAGAGGGUUACAUGUCUCUGUGCUCAGUUUGAAUCUGUGCUUCAGCAUGGUUUGAAGAGAACCCGGGGAUUAGCCUUAACUGCAGCAGCAAUCAAACAGGCAGCAGGCUUCUCCAGUAAAACCGAAAUGGAGGCUAUUUUCUGGUACUAUGUGAAGGACGUUCUUAAUAAACAUGAACUACAACGCUUCUACUCCCUGAAGAAUAUCACAACAGAUGUUGGCAGAGGUCGUGCCUGGUUACGCUGUGCACUAAAUGAACAUUCCUUAGAAAGAUACUUUCAUAUGCUGCUUGCAGAUAAAAAUCAGCUUAGUGUCUUCUAUGAAGACUGGUCCUUUAUGAUGGAUGAAGAGCGCUCUAGUAUGAUUCCCACGAUGGCAGCUGGGUUGAAUUCUAUUCUUUUUGCCAUCAACAUUGAUAACAAAGAUUUGAAUGGGCAAAGCAAGUGCCCACCUACAGUCUCUAACCUUCUUAAGGAAUCUACACAGAAUGUGACCUCUUUGUUGAAGGAAUCUACUCAAGGGGUUAGCAGUCUCUUCAAGGAGAUCACCGCCUCCUCUCCCGUUUCCAUUCUAAUCAAGCCUGAGCAAGAUGCUGACCCCUUGCCAAUUCUGUCCAAGAGUGUGAGUAGCGAGUUAAAAUUUAGGAAAGAGCGAAUAAAGAAGAAGAAGAAAAUCACAAAUAUUAUUUUAUUCGACGAGGACGACAAAGAAAGUAUUGGGAAUGUCUUAAGGGCAACAGUGGUAGGUGGAAACUCAGAACAAAAUUCAGACAGACCUUUGGCCUACCUGGGUUCUCCAUCAAUAGACUCGCUAACAAACCUGAAUGUAGACCAAAGUGUAUCUUUGCUGAAAAACGAUUCUGUGCACCUAAAUGGAGAAUGCACCUUUCCAAAACUAGACGUAAAAAGCAUUGAUGAUGAAGAUGUGGAAGAAAAUGAGGAGACUUACAGUGAAAUGUCAGGAACGCAGAGUGUGAAAGAAGGCAUGGAGUAUUGUGCAAAAUCCUCUGAGGGCAUGAUAAGCAAUUCUCUGGAUAGCGCUUGGACUUCUCUUAAGAUCCUGAACGAUGAUUCUGAUGAAUUGUUUCCCUUUACUACCGUAAGCUCUUUCUCCCAGACUGGCGGCUUGCAGAAUAAUGGUGAGCAUGAAUGUGCUGAUUUUUUACCAGAACUGACUCAGGGAAAUGCUGAACUGCAUCAUAGCAGAGUAGAUGUUAAAGAUCCAGUGGAAGAGAACACUGUAACUCACCUGUUGCCAUCAACCAGCGUGUCAGAAUCAAUGACUGUUGGUGAACUUCGGCAAGCAAGCAUAGCCAUGAUGAACAGAAAACAUGAACUGGAAGAGCAGAACAGUUCUUUGAGAAAUCUCCUUGAUGGUGAAAUGGAGCAUUCUGCAAUUCUGCGUCAAGAAAUCAACAGUCUGAAGAAGAAGGUUUUAGAGCAAGAGGAGCUCUAUAAAGCGAAGAUCCAGGCCUUGGCAAGAGAAAACGAGGUGCUGAAGGUACAGCUAAAGAAAUAUGUCGGAGCUGUCCAGAUGCUGAAACGAGAAGGUCAGACUGUGGAUGUCUUGACCAGUCUUUGGAACACAGAGAGUGAAUUUACCAUCCCAGAGCAAAAACAAGCAGAGAAUAACGAAGAGCUAGCGAACUCAUAUGAAAGAAAACUGGUUGAGGUGGCAGAAAUGCAUGGGGAGUUGAUUGAAUUCAAUGAAAGACUGCACCGUGCAUUGAUGGCGAAAGAAGCUCUUGUGACCCAGAUGAGGCAAGAGCUCAUUGAUCUGAGAGGACCAGUUCCUGGAGAUCUGAGCCAAACAUCUGAAGACCAAAGUUUGUCAGAUUUUGAAAUAUCAAAUCGAGCUCUUAUAAAUGUCUGGAUUCCCUCAGUUUUUCUCCGUGGAAAAACAGCAAAUGCAUUUCAUGUUUACCAGGUCUACAUCCGGAUAAAAGAUGACGAGUGGAAUGUUUACCGAAGAUAUACGGAAUUUAGGAGCCUGCAUUACAAAUUGCAGGCAAAACACCACCAAGUGAGAAGUUUUAAUUUCCCACCAAAAAAGGCCAUUGGAAACAAGGAUGCGAAAUUUGUAGAAGAACGGCGGAAACAGUUGCAGAACUACUUAAGAAACGUUAUGAACAAAUUAAUCCAGACUCUGCCAGAGUUUGCUGCCAACCCUAAAAAAGAAACACUUAUCCAGCUGAUACCUUUUUUUAUUGACUUUCAGCCUGCGGGAGAAUCUGCAAGGGACAGUAGUAGCCGCCCUCGAGGGGGAACCCGGUUUUCAAGGUUGUCUCAGCACCAUCCGCGGGAGACACGGAACCUGGAGCCUCAGAGUGGCGAUCUUUGACUUUUGGGGUGAUUAUGACCACUGACACAAUGUACUUUAAGCUGCCUUUGGAUUUUCUUCCUAUCUCACACAGUAGACAGCCGCAACAGGGGAAAAUACAAUUCUGUUGAAUUAUAAUCAGCAAGGAAAAGGUUGAAGGGCCACUUUGGAAUAGCUGCCUUUCUCCAAAAACAGUGAGAUGCCCUUUGGUCUAAAACUGAGAAGUGCAGAGAGGGCUGCUUCAUGUAUCCUUUGAUUUGUCAACCCAUUGAUAAGGAUUUUUUUUUUUUUUUAGCUUCUGGAGUUUUGAUGGAUUUUUAUCUUCUAUUCAAAAUCCUAUGAGGAUGAACCCAACAUAAUUGCAACUAGAAUAAUAAAACCAUUUUAAAUCCGC